CUGUGUCGUAAAGAUAAUGUUUUGGUGAAGCUCUGUGACCACUGGUGUCCUCUACACUUAACUGCAUUAACCCAGUUUAUACAUUCCCAUAGUUAUAAUUUCCUCUGCGAACCACCACAAUCCGAAGUCAUGGCAGGUACUUUGGCACGUAAAGCUGUUGACCACCUUAAAAGCAAGGAGUUCAGAGACUAUUUGAUGAGCACACACUUCUGGGGACCUGUGGCCAACUGGGGUCUGCCCAUUGCUGCCAUCAGUGACAUGAAGAAAAGCCCUGAGAUUAUCAGUGGCAGAAUGACCUUUGCUUUGACCUGCUAUUCCCUCCUGUUUAUGAGGUUUGCAUACAAAGUUCAGCCAAGGAAUUGGCUCCUCUUUGGUUGCCAUCUAACCAAUGAGACUGCCCAGCUCAUUCAAGGAUCACGACUUAUCAAAUACAACAUGGAGAAGAAGUCUUCUUAGUGAUGGACAAAUGCUAAAUAUAUAGUUUCAUUAGGAAAUCGGCAUGGUUUGACCCUAUGGUUUUUGACCAUGUUUAUCUCAUUGCAUACCUAUGUAAAACUCUUAACUUAAAAAAAACGUUAAUUUAGAUUAAACUGCUGUUGACGAUCACCAUGCCUGUUUCUUCCGGUAUAUAAGGUCAAUGAAUAGAUUUGUUUUGCAUAAUGUUUUUUACGCACAAACAAAUUAAAUGGAAUGGAAUCUAGUGAGGCCCUGUUACCGAUGGGAUUAUUUUAAAGAGAGGGUCUAUUACACAAAUAUUUACUGUUAUGUCCUCAUUUUAAUAACUGUGUUAGCAAUACGGGGGCGGCAGGGUAGCCUAGUGGUUAGAGCGUGCAACCGGAAGGUUGCAAGUUCGAAUCCCCGAGCUGACAAGGUACAAAUCUGUCGUUCUGCCCCGAACAGGCAGUUAACCCACUGUUCCUAGGCCGUCAUUGAAAAUAAGAAUUUGUUCUUAACUGACUUGCCUAGUAAAAUAAAAAAUACCAAUAACACAAUCUUUAUCAGAAUGUACAGGCAAUAAAAGUUGUACUCUGGUGUGUUGCCAUGGAAACAUUAUUCCUGAAUAUAAUGAAUAAACCCUUAUCUAUGUACCAUGAAUUAAACUUCCUCUUACACUGACCAUAAUUUAUAAUAAACUGUCUGAUACCCAUGAA